GUAGCUCACCAACAACUAGUUUCGAUAGUGAUCGAGUUCGUAGUUCGUUUGGCGCAUCGUUAUCUCACACGUUUUUUUCGCACGUUUUUUUUUUCAAGCGCGUUAAAUAUUAAAGAAAAUUUUUUUCAUAAUGAAAAAUUACGAGUUGACGCGAGUGCCGGAUGAAUUUUGAAUAUUGUUUGCAAUCUUAUUGGGCAUGGAGAUGCGAUACGUGAAAUGCAUUUAUAUUUGACUAAAUUUUUACGUGUUUUUUUAAAUGUUUUAUUAUUAUGUGAGAUUAGCAGAAAUGAGGAAAUCAAUGGAGAUUUUACAUUUAAGGUGACAGAUUCUCACAUUCAUGUCACAUUGACUCCAGCAGAAUGGAAAUCUAUAGCUGGAACGAAUGUUAUUUCAGAAGGCGAUAUUACAUCGGUCAAUGUGAAUUCGGGAAGAUCACCGAAGUAUGCGAAUACGGUCUCUGUAUGGUUAAAUUUGCAUAAAUUCGGUAAACAAUUGGCCCUGAAUUUACAGCCGAAUGAGAACUUGGUCGAUACUCAUUUUGUAGCUUUGAGCAGACGGGAUAAUCAUUCACGCGUUAUAUCCAAUGAAAUACCCAGUUUGAAUUGUUACUUUCAGAGUAAAGGGCCAGUUUAUGCUGCUCUGGAUGUUUGCGAUGGAUUGCGUGGAAUAAUAUUUGUCGAUACGAACGAAUGCUUCAUUAUACAUCCACUGCCUAAACGUUACCUAAAAGACUCAUCAAAUGUUCCUCAUGUUAUGAUUAAAAAACGCCUAGGCCAGUAUAACGCUAUUCAAACCAGUUUGCUGAACGACAAAAUUAAUUACAAAGCCAGAAGAAGAAAACGAAAUGUGGAAAAAUUUCAUACCGAGAAGCAGGCGACAGAUAAUUCCACCGGUCACCGACUACAGUGUGGAAAUACUUUUGUACGUAAAGGUGAUAGUGAUUCGAAUCUUAAUGGACGAAUUAAACGAAACGCCAGUCCUACAACGACCUUACCUACUCCGCCUUUGAAUACGGAGAUUUUUGUAGAAACGGCUGUUUUCGUCGAUAAAGACUUGUACGCUCAUAUGAGUUCGACUUUUCCUCAAAAUACUGAAAAAGAACUGAUCAAAUUUGUACUUGCUUUGAUUAAUGCUGUCCAUUUACUAUACCACGAUCCGUCACUAGGAUGGGUGAUAAAUUUCGUGCUGAAAAGACUGGAAAUUCUGCACACUGAUCCUUCGGGAUUGGUCAGAGUACACGAUGUAGAUAAAUUUUUGAGCAGUUUUUGUAAUUGGCAACAUUUGGAGAAUCCGUACAGCGAUGAUGAUCCAUUACACUGGGACCAUGCUGUAAUCCUCACCGGUUUAGAUUUAUAUGUGUUGAGUAAGAAUGGAAAAAUCAGCAAUCAAGUCGUUGGUUUAGCACCAGUGGCUGGAAUGUGCACAGCUACAAGUAGUUGUACGGUCAACGAAGGACGCCAUUUUGAAAGUGCUUACGUCGUUGCCCAUGAAAUAGGCCAUAAUUUGGGAAUGCGUCACGAUGGACCUUCUGCUGACAAUAACUGUGAUCCUACUAGUUUUAUUAUGUCUCCUACUCUAGGAAGUGGGAAAAUUACUUGGUCUACUUGCAGUAAGCAAUAUUUACAACAAUUCUUGCAGAGUAAACAAUCUCGAUGCCUAUUCGACAAAAGUACCACAUCAAAUAUACUGGAUCACGGUUCCAAUGGAAUCUUACCAGGAGAAAGAUUCGAUGCACAGCAACAAUGUAAACUAAAAUAUGGCAGUACUAGCCACCAUUCUCCAACUCAAUUACUCGAAGAUAUCUGCAAAGAUUUACAAUGUGCCAGAGAUAAUUACAUUUGGACUUCGCAUCCAGCUUUAGAAGGCACCAUUUGUGGAACAAAUAAGUGGUGUCGCAGCGGUCGAUGUAUCGAAAAAGGGCUCACCGUUCUAGAAGCUGGAUACGCUCCCCAUCAAGUUAUAAACGGCGGUUGGAGUGGCUGGUCGCCAUACUCCGAAUGUGCGUCUUCUUGUCUUCAUGGGGACAAUGAUGGCUUAAAUGCUGGCAGCAUUGGUAUCAUGGUUGCUUCCAGAAGAUGUAAUAAUCCCAGACCAGAAAAUGGGGGCGAAAUGUGUGCGGGCAAUGAUCAAAAAUAUAAAACUUGUACAGCUCAGCAGUGCCAAAGAGUUGGAGUCAUCACACUCAGAGAUUUUUCCAACGAAAUAUGUUUCCGAGCGAGCGAAGUUGAUCCAGAACUAUUUGGAACAGGACAACAACGAACAAGUGCUGAUCCUGAAGAAGCUUGUAAAGUUUGGUGUAAUAAAAGAAAGGGUGGCUGGAAAAGUCGCGGUUGGUCGUAUCCGGAUGGUACCGUUUGUCAACUGAGAAAGGGAAAGAAAUCAACUUUCUGCAUACGAGGAUUAUGCAAAGAGUUUACAUGUGUCAAGAGUUCUAUCGACGUGAUCUAUGCUCAUUCCGAUGACUAUUGUGCUCAUGCAAACAUAAUUCGAGAUAAAAGAAGGGAAUCGCCGACUAUUCCUUGGCGUCCAGCAUCUGAAUGUUUUUAUAAUUGUAUUACUCCAGGAACGGGCAUGCGUUUGGUUGAAAAAAAGCAAUGUCCAUCUUGCAACGCUACAGUAAACGUUCAAACAUGUGAACAUAGUCAAAAAUGUAGUUCUACUAAAACUGUAUUAGAACAUGCCACCACAGUUUGUAAUAAAUUUAGUCAACGAGUUCGUCGCCUAUCAGGUCUAGGAAUGCAAUUAGCUGCCACAACAGAUGAUCCUCAUAGACCUUGCAGAUUAGCCUGUCAAGACGAUUCAGUUAAUCAUAGAUUUUAUUUAGUCAACGGAGAAGAAGGUUGGUUUCCGUUUGGAACCGACUGCACUAGAGGCGAUUCUAGUCGUAAAGCAUUUUGUGUGAAUGGCAAAUGCCUCGAAUUUGGAUCUGAAAACACUCCUAUAUAUAAUUUUGAAUACACUUUACCAUUAAUGGAAAGAAUUAAACGACAAAUCCUACAAGCAAAAAUAUCUCACACUUAUUCCGAUCCAACCAUAUACGAAACAUUAAAAGAUAUCGUUUUUUAUCUAAAACACGGUUACUAUUCAAAUGACAGAAUGGGAAGUAAAUUUUCGAUAGAUUUGCAAAAUCCCAUCCACAUCAAGAAAACAGAAUUCGACAGAGUUCAUUCGUACUGAAAAUACCUUUACGAUUGUUUUCCGAUGGCGAUAUGGUGAAUCGUAUUCAAUAAAAAGAUGUCCCGGUGACUUUAUUAUCUUUCAGUACGAACAUACUUUCACCUUUUCUCACAUUCAGACUUUUAUUGGCGCCGGAUCUUUGUCUUAAUUUUACUAAAUUAUCUUGUAAAGACGUAGGAUCCGUUAGGAACAUAAUCCAUAGCAAUUUUUCCAGUUUCAAAUAUUCGUCGUUGUUCAAUUUCUCCUGCAAGGGAAAAACGUGUUUUUGUGUAUAAAAAUUGUGUAGAAUUUUUUUUUACAAAUAAAUUUUUUGAAAUAAAAAUA